AUUCUCUGAUUGGUCAAUGAAAUUGAGGGCUCGGCCCUCCAUGCCCAGCUCUGAUUGGCCUACAACCCGGAACUGGUAUUAACCCCAGGAAGGCAAUGGCAAGAUGGCGUCCCUGGAUCGGGUGAAAGUACUGGUGUUGGGAGACUCAGGUGUUGGAAAAUCUUCACUAGUUCAUCUUCUGUGCCAAAAUCAAGUGCUGGGAAAUCCAUCGUGGACUGUGGGCUGCUCAGUAGAUGUCAGAGUCCAUGACUACAAAGAAGGAACCCCAGAAGAGAAGACCUACUAUAUAGAAUUAUGGGAUGUUGGAGGCUCUGUGGGCAGUGCCAGCAGUGUGAAAAGCACAAGAGCAGUAUUCUACAACUCUAUAAAUGGCAUUAUUUUAGUACACGACCUAACAAAUAAGAAGUCAUCCCAGAACUUAUAUCGUUGGUCAUUGGAAGCUCUCAACAGGGAUUUGGUUCCAACUGGAGUCUUGGUAACAAAUGGGGAUUAUGACCAGGAACAAUUUGCUGAUAACCAAAUCCCGCUGUUGGUAAUAGGGACGAAACUGGACCAGAUUCAUGAAACCAAGCGCCAUGAAGUUUUAACUAGAACUGCCUUCCUGGCUGAGGAUUUCAAUGCAGAAGAGAUUAAUUUGGAUUGCACAAAUCCACGGUACUUAGCUGCAGGUUCUUCCAAUGCUGUCAAGCUCAGUAGGUUUUUUGAUAAGGUUAUAGAGAAGAGAUACUUUUCAAGAGAUAGUAAUCAGAUUCCAGGCUUUCCUGAUCGAAAAAGGUUUGGAGGAGGAACAUUAAAGAGCUUUCAUUAUGACUGAAUUACACUCAUUCUUCGGAAGAGUGAGCAAGCAGUGGCAGUUUUCCACCGCUUUCUUCUUUCUGUGUCAAUUAUUAAUGUCUCAGCCUUUUAACGAAAUCAUCUUAAAAUGCCACCCUUUAGCCUCACCCUUUAAUGGAAAACGGAAAGGAAGCGACAAUGUGGGAGGUCCAAACUUUGUCCCCAUUCUCGCUGUUCCUCACCUUUCUGUCCCUGUUUAUAGAUUAUGUAAAAGCCUUGUGGAAAUAUGAGAUGUUGUCAGAAUGAUGCAGUGAGGGAGCAGUGACAGAGUGAUGCACAGAAAAUUUACUCUUGCCCAGAACUAGAGGAGUUUUAUGGGUCUGUAAUUUUCCCACACUCCUGGCUGAAGGCUUGAUUAAACACUUCAAAAAUGUAUCUCUAUUGUUUUACCUUCUUAAGGGGAAAGGUAUGUUAACUAGCUCGCAGUUGUCCACCCCAAACAAUCUAUCUUUUCACAAAAGCAAAAUGGUGUUAUUUAAUUGUCUCCACCCCCAACACACACAAGGAUGCCUAAUAAUAGCAACCCUUGCUCCCUCUUCUCUCCUUUGCAAAUGGUUCAGUGGCAGAAGAGGCAGACUAAUGGCUAGAGUUAAAUAUAAAUAGAUUAAUAAUACAUAGAGAACAGCAGUACCAGAAAAGAAGAAUUCUGCAAGAAAUUGACAGCUCACUAAAUCCUUCACUGUUUAGGGUACAGCUGUCUGCACUCGUACUGUUUUCUGUUUGGAAAUAGGUAGGGUGAAAUCUAAGAGCUGCACGAGGACAAUAGGAAAGAUUUACAGCCUCUUCAGAUUUUAUUUUUUUGAAGGAAAAGUCAAUUCCUGAAAUGUCUCUGAACUGUAGUCUGUAAACUAAGAAUAUUAUUCUUUGUGUCAACAGUGUAUUUAUGGAGAGAAGUAAAAAGUUCCACGGCAACACAUUUACAUGAAUUAUGGACUAGGAUUCUUGGAUUUCAUAAUCCAAAAUUUUUGGGGGGUGGUGAUAUGUGUGUGUGUUUAUGCAUAAUUGUUCACUAUUACUUUGUUUACCCAUCUUUUUUGCUUAUUUAAUUAUCUCCACCUGGUUCUUCUUUAAUAUAUAAACCCGUCUCCCAAAAACUGUAAUUUGCUGCCUUAUUCAACAACACCCUUUCACCUGUAUUCUGUCUCUGGCUCUGCUGCAGGUCUCUGCACUCCUCAUAUUGUUCCAUAUUAAAAUAUAAUAAUAAUAAAUACACAGUUUCAGCUUCUCAU